UGUUCCAAGGAAUAGAAAGAAUAAGAAGGUAGUUUGAUCACAUCACAAUAGUUUGAUCACAGAACACUAGUACAUUUAUCAGACUGCAGUGCCUCAAUAGGACUGAUUCAACCAGGAAUGAAGGUGACUCAACUAGAAUGUCUGUGUCUGAUUCUUCUACAUCUCCUACACACAGCAGGCUCUGAGAGGUUUGAGGUUCUUGGUCCAACUGAUUCCAUUGUUGCUGUAGCUGGUGAUGACAUCAUUCUGCCCUGUUACCUCAAACCCAACAUCAGUGCUGAGGACAUGACAGUGGACUGGCUUAACCUGGACUUCUUAGACGUUUGUGUCUUUCGUUACCAAAACAGCGAAAUCAUACGAGAUGAUCAGAUUCCCCACUAUAGAGGAAGAACUUCACUGUUUGAAGAGGAACUGUGGAGGGGAAACACCUCUUUGAAACUGACCAGGGUACAAGGCACUGAUGAGGGACGUUACAAAUGCUUAAUUCAGUCAAAGAGCUGGUAUGAUGAUUUCACUGUUCAAGUCCUCGUUAAAGCUGUAGGAUCCAAGCCAGUGGUGUCCAUUGUGGGACACAGAGAGGGAGGGAUGGGUCUGCUGUGUGAAUCAGAAGGCUGGCACCCUGAGCCUGAGCUGGUGUGGCUGGACAGUAAAGGAGUCCAUCUCUCUGCUGGUCCUCCUGAGAUACAUAGAAGUUUCAAGGGAUUCUACAGAGUCAAACAAUAUGUCAUUGUCCAGGAGACUGACACCAACCGCUUUACCUGCAGAGUCCAACAGAGCCGGAUCAAUGAGAAGAUGGAGACAGAGAUUCACCUCCCUACUGUAGGAUCCAAGCCAGUGGUGUCCAUUGAGGGACACAGAGAGGGAGGGAUGGGUCUGCUGUGUGAAUCAGAAGGCUGGCACCCUGAGCCUGAGCUGGUGUGGCUGGACAGUAAAGGAGUCCAUCUGACUGCUGGUCCUCCUGAGACACACAGAGACUUCAAGGGAUUCUACAGAGUCAAACAAUAUGUCAUUGUCCAGGAGACUGACACCAACCGCUUUACCUGCAGAGUCCAACAGAGCCGGAUCAAUGAGAAGAUGGAGACAGAGAUUCACCUCCCUAGUGAGAUAUUUUAUACAACCCCAUGGAGAAUGACCUUCAUUGUGUUAUGCUGUCUGGGAGCCAUCGCUGUGACUGGGUUUUCUCUGACUAUCUACUGCAUACGUAAAAAGAAAGUUCACCUCAAGAAGGAAAGUGAGGAUCUCUGGGAGCAGAAUCAUGACCUCUGUGAACAGAAAUAUGACCGCACUGAGGAGCUAGAAAUCCUGACUUCUCAGCUGGAUUUUGUGAACACAAACUGGAGUCCAGAUUUUGAAACCAUCAGAAGACAUGCAGUGAAUGUGACUCUAGACCCUGAUACGGCACAUCGUAACCUCAUCCUGUCUAAUGACGGGAAACAAGUGAGACAUGGAGAACUAGAUCAGAUUCUCUCUGACAACAGGAAGAGGUUUACAAAUUGGUCCUCUGUCCUCGGAAAUGUGGGCUUCUCAGGGAAGUUCUACUAUGAGGUGAAAGUGGAGGGGAAGACUGAGUGGACUUUGGGGGUGGUCAGAAGGUCCAUCAAUAGGAAUGAGCGUUUUAUACCAAUCCCUAAUAAUGGAUACUGGACUUUGGAGCUGAAGGAUGGAGAGUACACAGCUAAUGCAGAUUCCCCUGUCACCUUCACCCCGAGAGAGAGGCCCCAGAAGGUGGGGGUGUUUGUGGAUUAUGAGAAGAGACAGGUCUCCUUCUACAAUUUGGAGGCAGGGUCUCAUAUCUACUCUUUCACUGGCUGCACCUUCACUGAGAAACUCUAUCCAUUCUUCAACCCUGGUGGAUCAGAUAGUAUUUCACUGGUCGUCUGUCCUGUAGAUGUCACUGACUGACUGUUUUAAAUCAAACAGGGCAGAUAUAGUAUAAACAGCAGUAACUCCUAUUGAGAGACUUAAUGUACAUGAGAUCUUAGUUAUAGAUUUCCUGUCAAUCUUAGCUAAGCUUAAGCUAAGCUGUUAGUAGUCCAUGUUCCUCACGUUAAUCAUCUGGUCCCUUUUCCCUUUUUUGUAUAUUUCAAAAGUGCUGAACAAAUAGUUAUAUUGACAACGUCUGUCCCAGCUCGCUCAUUAACGGCUUCAUCAAAAUUACGGAUGGCCUCUUAUCCGCUUGUCGUCCCCUUAUGCCAUAGUUUGUACAUCUCAAUUGUCAGUAGAAAACACAUUUGUUUAAACAAGUCAGCCAUAUCAGCUGGUAAGGUGUUGGGACUCUGCUGUUGGGACUGCUGUUGGGACUCUGCUGUUGGGACUCUGCUGUUGGGACUCUGCUGUUGGGACUCUGCUGUUGGGACUCUGCUGUUGGGACUCUGCUGUUGGGACUCUGCUGUUGGGACUGCUGUUGGGACUCUGCUGUUGGGACUCUGCUGAUGGGACUCUGCUGUUGGGACUCUGCUGUUGGGACUCUGCUGUUGGGACUCUGCUGUUGGGACUCUGCUGUUGGGACUCUGCAGUUGGGACUCUGCUGUUGGGACUCUGCUGUUGGGACUCUGCUGAUGGGACUCUGCUGAUGGGACUCUGCUGAUGGGUCUCUGCUGUUGGGACUCUGCUGUUGGGACUCUGCUGUUGGGACUCUGCUGUUGGGACUCUGCUGAUGGGACUCUGCUGAUGGGACUCUGCUGAUGGGUCUCUGCUGUUGGGACUCUGCUGUUGGGACUCUGCUGUUGGGACUCUGCUGUUGGGACUCUGCUGAUGGGACUCUGCUGAUGGGUCUCUGCUGAUGGGACUCUGCUGUUGGGACUCUGCUGUUGGGACAGCUUUAUGUAGGUCCUGAAAGUUUGUGGGCACCGUUUGUAACCGUUACCUUGCAAUUAAUGUAUUGUUUAGUGUUGUGUAGUGGCAUUGCUGGAAUGCACAAGAUUUACAUGCUAAAAUCACAACUGGUUGUGUAACCUUUCUGCUGUGUGCUCCUACAUUUAGGUAACAAUAUAGCAGCAGCACAAAAUAAAUGUGUUUUAUAUAUUGAU